GCUUCUUGGUGGCAUGACUGUUACAGAGUAUUCAAGGCUGUAACUCACAGCAAAUGAGUGUAAGGAGAUCUGAAGAUGGCAUGAUGCUAUUAAAGAAUGUGUGAGUUUGUUUUGGAUUACAUAUCUGGUCAACUGUGAAUGGGAAUACUAAGCAGACAGCUAGUGAUGGAAUACUAACAUUAAGCGACUCCGUAGGCGGUACAUUCCAUAAUAACAUUGUGUCCUGAGGAGUGACCUUUGGUGAGAGAUCUUUCACAAUGAGAGACCGCUUGGAGGAGCUGCAGCAGAGGGCUCAAGACUUGUCUGAGGCAACAAGUGAGAGUGGCAACCCUUUCUCAACUGAGGGUGGCAAUUAUGACUCUGUGGCAGUCAUAGUGCCACAGGCAGUGGUGUUUGAGGAAGAACCAAUCAUUCAGAAUUUCCUGUCUGAGGCUCAGCAAAUCCGAGAUGAUAUCACACUGCUGGAAGUAGAGGUCCUUAAGUUUGGCCAGCAGCAAAAGACCCUGGUGGCAACCAUGCGUCGUUUUAGUGUGAUGAAGAAAGAGAGCAGCGUAACCCGGGACAUCAAGCUCAAGGCCGAGAGCCUCCAUCGGCGCUUGGAUGCCCUUUCAAAACAGGUCCAAAGGACUGAGGACCAGCAGGGACCUACUGCUGUCACAACAAGAAUACAACACUCCCAGCAUGCAGCGCUGUACCGAAAAUUCCAGCAGGUAAUGCUGCAGUAUAAUGAAGGUUUGCUGACCAAGCAGGAUCGCUGUAAGCACUUCAUUAUCCGGCAGCUGGAGGUAUCGGGAAGGGAUGUGACGGAGGAGGAGGUGAAUGAGAUGGUGGCCACAGGAAAAUGGGAGGUCUUCAAUGAAAACCUGCUGAAUGAUGCCAAAAUCACACGGGCACAACUAUCUGAGAUUGAACAGCGACACAGGGAGCUGUUGAGUUUAGAGAACAAUAUGAAUGAGCUGCGGGACCUGUUCAUGGACAUUUUCAUGCUGGUGGAGGAACAAGGGGCCUACAUUGAACAUAUCCAGACCAAUGUAGAGAGGACGCAGGAUUAUGUGGCUGCAUGUAAUGAGAAGUUCAAGAUGGCCGCCAGAUACAAGAAGAAGAAUCCACUUCGACAGCUGUGCUGCUGCUGCUGCCCUCCCUGGAAAUGCUGCUUAUAAAACAUGCAUUGUUACCUCAACAGUCAUUCGGAAUAACGUUUAAUUUCAAAAGCCUCACUUACCUUUUGGGAUUUAGCAACGUUGGAUUCAAGUACCAUUAAAGUGAAGGUUAUGGCACUGUAGUUUUGCUUUUGAGCAGAGCAACGGUGAAGACAGAGUCAGCGGAGCAUAGAAAACAAUUAGGGGGAAAAGCCAGAAUUGGUAUUUGAGAUAUUUGUUUCUUUCAAGAAGAUGUGAGGUGACUGCUAUUGGAAGAGACAGUUCAGUGAGCGCUACUCACCAACACUGCUGCUUAUUGGACACCUUCACCGACUUCUGACAGAGGUCACGAACAAAGGGCGACCACUGCCUCUGCCACUGCUUGAUCAACAAGACUGAUUUUGUUUGUUUUUUUCGAAGAAGAGCCUCUCAUUUUUAUUCUACCACAGGAGCUCUAGUUAAUGACCAUUUAUUUGUUACACAGUAUGUGCACUUUAUGAAUCUUAUCUAAAGAUAUGCUUUUCUUUUCAGAACAAACUGAAAUUUAACAUAGUUGAGAAAUAUUCACUUUCUGAGAGAUAAUAAGCUAUUAUGUAUUCAUUUCAUUCUUGGUCCACAUGCCUUUGAAAAAAGAAACUUGUUUUACAAUAAGUUACCUGUCUCAUUUGCAUUUCAAAGUAUGACCAUUUUCAGUAAAAUAAAUAUUAUUCCUUUAUUCUGUUUUACAGAGGCAGGGAUUCAAAUAAAACUUUGAAUAACAA